GCCUCUCAUUGAAAAAGCAAGCAGCCAAGGAAACUUGAGACCGGAGAGGGUCCGGGUAAGUCGAGUUCGGCCGGAGAGAAUCUCGCUGUUUUCAAUGGAGAGAUGCGCGGCAGGAUCUAUUCAAUGGAGAUAGAGAGAUGACUAGCCAAACGUGAAUGGAGUGUUCAAGAACUCUCGGACGGGCUGCCGGCCAUGGGCUGGAUCAGGUAGGUAUUAGGUACUCGGCGAGACGAAACAGGAGGAGCGAGGUUGAGCAACUCAAGAAAACGACCAACACCGGGCUAACCACAAUGAUGAGCAGGAGGAGGCAGAGACCCAUGAUGAAGCUCUCGGUUGAGUGAGACGUGAGACCGAACAUUGGACCGAACUCGCCGGAGAACGACAAGUGAACGAAUCAGCUCGACUAUCCACUGGCCACUGCGACAGACAGACAGGCAGGCAGGCAGGCCAAUGAGGUUGUUGUUGAAUUCUUUUCGACAAGCAUUUCGAACCGUCGAAAGAUUCAUGGGAUUCUGAGAACCGGACGUGUGGGAGGCAUGGGGUGGUCCGCGGUUUUGUUGGUCGGUCUCCAAGUGGCGAGGUUGGCUCAUUCUGAUAUGGCUCAACCCGUUCACCAUGGGGUUCCUUUAGCCAUGUCCUCAACUACGAUGACUUCCGAUGGAAGCGGGCUUUCGUCGAAUUUCACCACGUCGUUGCCUAUUCCAAUAGUGGCUUCAUUGCCCCACACGAGGACCCGAGCCACAUUGGAGGGGUUUGUCGGUGGACAAUGCUCAGUGCGGCACAAUGUGUCCUGCCUCCAUGUGACCAAUGCCACUUGCUUUGGCGUGCCACUCCCCUAUGAAUUCAUUAGCCUGGAUUUGGCACGGUCUCCGGGCAUUUGGCACGUGACCAGCCAAUUGAGGCGAUGGGAGUCCUUGCGAGUGGUGCCCAAGUGUUGGUCGGUCAUUCAACCUUUGUUGUGCGCUGUGUUAAUGCCGCCCUGUGAAGGCCAAGGGGUACAGUUAGUGUCCCAUCAGUUAUGCAAAGUAGCCCGAGGACCUUGUCGAGUAGUGCCGCAGUUGUUCGAUUGGCCAGACUAUCUCCAAUGCAAUGACAGUUCCAUUUUUGAAGCUGGAUGCGAUUAUCGACGAAAGAUUCGAUUCAACCACUCCUCGCAAUGUCCCGAGGGCCUGGUUCAAACCGAACAUGAGCCAGCCUUCUUUCCAGGCAUUGAUGGAUGUGGACUCAAAUGUCGAAGUCCGCUCUUUAGUUCUAGUGAGUACCACACGGUGGAUUACAUCAAAGUGUUCAUCGUCGUUCUCUGUGGCCUUGUCGUUACCUUUAGCGCGAGCACGCACAUCAAAGCUGGAUAUAAGAGCAUUCAUAGAUAUCCCGGCGUCAUUGUAUUCUUCAUGACGCUCUGCUGGCUGGGAAUAGUGGGAGGAUUCAUAAUCGGAUUAGUCACUGACGAGUCGGAUAUACCGUGCAAUUCGGACGGUACCGCCAUAACCGGUCCCCAUGACCAUGAAGGCCAUCAAGCGUGUUACAUUUCCUUCUUCUUCGCUUACUACUUCUUCGUAGCCCACAUGGUUUGGUAUGUGAUAUUAAAUUAUUGUUGGUAUUUUGUGGCCACGGAUCGCACGGGAAGAGGAAAAGAUGCCCUUCAAGAAAAGAUCGCUUUGUUCCAUUUGUCCACUUGGUCUCUAGCCCUCAUCAUGACCAUUCUGGUGAUCACCACUAACACCGUGGAGGCGGAUAUCCUUUUCAAGGUGUGCUUCGUGAGUCGCUCGAACUUUUAUGCCCGACUACUAGCUGUGAUUCUACCCAUGAUCUUGACCCUCAUCAUAUCUCUCGCGAUGGCCAUCAAGACCUUGCAAGUAUUAGUUCCCAUUUCGACGGAUGUCAAUCAAGCCGUGGAGAAGCGGGCCAAGAUUGGUCGACGAGUUCGGGAAAUUGCCAUUUUUGUGUCUCUUGUCAGUUUGUGUCUUAUUUUCAACAUUUACCACGAGUUCUAUCCAUACCUUUGGCGAAACUCUUGGAACUCGAGUUUGGAGGGUUACAUACUUUGUAAGAUAAAGAAGCUGGGCGUGGACCUGGAACAAGAUUUUGUCUCGACCAAAUGCGAGCUCGAGGAUCGUCCUAACAUUAUGGGCUACAAGUUUGUGCUAAUCUCGAUCGGUGUAGGAUGCAUUGCGGUUCAUACCUGGCUGAUGAAUCGACGAACGUGGAAUAUUUGGAGAGGGAAAAGCGCUUCGCUAGUGCCAAAGGCCAAGACCUACAAGUUUAAAAAGUCCAAUUUGAUUCAAAAGGUCUAUCAAGACCGCCACAGAUUGGAAAGGGACGGACGACUUUCGAUGAGUCUCCAGAGCUUCAGCCAAGCCAUCAAACCCGUAGAGAUGAAAAUUGAAAAAGAUGAAUCCUCGGAAGAGUUUAACACAUCCUUUGCCGCGGCAUUGCCUCGUCUUGUGCAAAGAAGAAACGCUUUGACCGGCCUAGAAGACAUGGUCCGCGACAACCAACUCCGACAAUCGUUGCGAACCAGCAGUUCUGCCAUUAGAAUCAAGAGCAAAGGAAAGAGGAAAGGCCGAUACACUUCCAACGACUCGAGUUGCUCAAUCAGUAUUCAAAGCAACCGAUUGUCCUUUGCCAAUUUUGAUUUCUCGUCCCGACGGCAAUCAUUCGACUCCCAGCUCUCCAUUCAGCCUCAUGAACUUCGUCAUCUGCAAGAGCUCUACGACAAGAAAGUUUUCAAGAAACGUAGUAAGCGAAACUUUUUUAAGGGGAAAAGGCCUCGAAGGCUCAAACGAACCUUGAGCAUCACGAGCCGAAACAGCAAUAUGACUUCCACCGACCAAUCGGGGGUCUCUCAAAUACUCCCUGCAAUUACCUUAGAUCCGUCUCAAUUGUCAGAUUUUCCUAGUAUGGCCUCAUCCAUGAGCGGACUGACGGGGAUCGAAAUGAAAUCCUUACGACAACUUCACAUUGCUCAAACUGGAAGCCCAAAACACAAAGAGCUCAAGGACAAACUGGCUCUCCUAGCGUCGGUGUCACAAGAUCCCAUUGAGGUUUCGACCAAAUCCUCGAAAGCCGAGAAUCGGCCAGCGAUCGAACCCUCGAAAGACAAUACGUUAGAAGCUAGUGUCCAAACCUCGGUCACGGAUCUCAGCCAAAUCGGCCUCACCAGAAGUAAUCCCCUACUCAUUUCAACUGGCGUCCAAUUUGAGGAAGCCAUUAGGAAGAAGCCUCUCGCACUGGGUGCUAAUACCAAUGCUAUUACUACUACUACUACUACUGCUACUACCACCAACACUUCCUCUUCUCAAGCUGAAUCUCAACCACUAAGGCACGUUGAGCCAAAUAUUGUCCAUGUCCAUCAUGGGCCAUUAGGUCCGAGUAGCAAUGAAAGCAGUAUACCCUCCAGUUACGAUCGACCGGAUUCAUCGCAGAAAUCCGGGAAAGAGAAUCAGUUGAAGAUGAUCAUUCCAGAGUUUCGGGCACCCUUGCCUCAAAUGCAUCAUCGAGGACGCCGAGGUGGAAUUGCUGAUCAUGGGCUUCACCUUUUGGCCUUGAAACAAACUUUGGACGAAGGCAUGACGAAUAAGCCUUCACCCCUUCCAAUUGAAACGUCUUCCACUUCGUGAACAAACCAAUCCAUUUUGAUCUCAAAUCGCAUUUUGUAGUAUUAUUUUUUGUAUGUUUUGCUCAGAACAUAAACCAAGUGUUGAAACAUC